AUGCCUCUUAACAAUCACUUGGAUAUAAGCCCAAAUGAUAUAAACAUAUAUCAAAACCAACAUGCUUCAAUAAGGAAAAGAUGGAUUCAAAAUAUCAUCGAUUUAUUGCACUCUUGUCUGUUGAAAGGUGAUAUCGAAAGAGCUAAAAGAGCUUGGGCAAUCUUGGUAAGAUGCCGUGAAGUCAACUGGAAAUCAAGAUGGUAUUGGGGAUUACUGAUUCUUUCGUCUACGAACGAUGAUUCAUCGUAUCGCAAUGAGACUGGGUCCGGAUCUAGAUUUGACCAAAGUCAACGGUCAACCUUUUCUCACGGAUACCAAGGGAAAGAAGUUGAGAGAUGGUUGAAUGCUUUAAGAGUAUCAGCAAGAGAAGAGGAUAAACCAUCACUUCUGCAUGCUCUGGUAUUGCAUCUGAUCAAGUACGGUCAAUAUCGACACGCCUACGAUCACCUUGAGACUUAUCUCCCUUCAUAUCCCUAUUUGCUUUCAGGACCACUCCAUACCUACGCCGGUUUAUUGGCGUUCUAUCUCGCUCAACCUAUUUCAUCAAGAGCCGAAUCAAGUCAACAAAAGGCCAAUGACAAUGAUCAGUCUUCUUCAAGAGGAAGUUCACCUUCUCAAUCGCUCGAUUCACGACCUCCAGAUGUAGCUGGUAUCAGACAAGCAAGAGGUUGGUUUUCUAAAGCUUUAGCUAUAGAUGAGAAUGAUGAAGUCGCUAAACAGUUCAUCAAUCUGAUUGAUAAUCCCCAUGACAAGGAUGGCGUCUCAGAUGACUCUGAUGAAGAACUGGAGAAAAUUGAUGAAAACAGUAUGGAAGAAAUCAGCGAAGAAGACGAAGAAAAGUCAACUUCAGAAGAUGAGGAAGAAAAAGGUAGCAUGUCUGGUAGUGAAGGAGAUUGGUAUCAAUGA